AUGGCGACCGGCGCGCUCUACGUGAGGAACAUUUAUCUCCACCAUGAUCUGGAGUUCCCGCCUAUAGCCCAAUGGAUAAAGUUUUCCACACGCAACUUCAAGAAGGCUCAAUCCGACCCAUUACCUUUAAAAAAGCCCGGACAUAUUCUAACGGAUCCGGAUGAUCUAAUCACUGUGGAAAAUAACAAAUUAAAAGCUGCACCGGCUAAGUCAGAUGUGGGUAAAAAACCGCCUUGA